CUCCAACUCUGCAUCCUCGUCAGGCUCAGCCACAGGUUGCACCAAGUUCUUGUUUGCACAUACAGAGCUUCAUAACAAUGGCUGCUGAAGCAUUUAAGAAACAUGAGGUGGUUCCAGAUGUGAUUGACAAGGCCCCAGCAAAUGUGUUGGAGCUUCGCUAUGGUGCUGUGAAAAUUGAGCAGGGCAACGUGGUCACCCCAACACAGGUGAAGGAUCGACCAACUGUGUUGAACUGGCCCGCUGAAGAGGGUGCACUUUACACACUCAUUAAAACUGACCCAGAUGCCCCGAGCAGGGCUGAGCCAAAGUUCCGUGAGUGGCACCACUGGGUGGUGGUGAACAUCCCCGGGACUGACUGGAGUAAAGGGGAGGUGUUGUCGGACUUUGUCGGCGCUGGACCCCCGCCAAAAACCGGGCUUCACCGGUACGUGUUCCUGGUGUACAAACAGCCGGGGAAACUGGAGUGUGACGAAGAAAGGUUGCCCAAUACUUCGGGCAAAAACAGGGGCGGGUGGAGUGCACGGAAGUUUGUGCAGAAGUACAACCUGGGGGACCCUGUGGCCGGGAACCUGUUCCAGGCAGAGUAUGACGACUACUGCCCGCUCCUCUACAAACAACUGGGAAUGUAGUUACUGCAGGAUUGACAAUUACCGCUUCAUCAUUCUUUGAUUUGGUAUUCAUUUGAUUUGGUAUUCAUUUGAUUUGGUAUUCAUUUGAUUUGGUAUUCAUUUGAUUUGGUAUUCAUUUGAUGAUUCAAUUCCAGAAUCCCUUACUUUUCAACACACAUAUAAAUAUAUAAUAAUAAGUGUUGGAGUGUUGGAUCAAAUCCAAUGUAGCAAAAUUCCCUAGAAUUGCAAACGGUUGUAAAAUAAAACUUUCAGUUUGCAUGUGUUUUCAA